AUGGCUUCCGCAUACUCGGAGUCCGAGCCAGUUCUGGUGUCCCGUCUCUCGAAGGCGGGCUUCGAGCAGGCUGAGCGCGAUCUCAUCCUGAAGCACGUUAAGAGCUUGAAGCAGUUGGCCUUCGUGAGCUCCUUUGCUCCGGGGGCUGCGGACGAAGGUCCGUUGAUCGAGGCCCUUAAGACGAUGCUUGGAAAGGACCCAGAGAUGAAUCAGAAGGCAGCUUUCAGAGCAGUUUUCCAUGAGGCGUAUGCCAUUGUCACUUCGGAGAUGCGACAGCAGGUUGAAAGGGUCGAGGAGCCGACAGUUCGUCAUUUGAGUCAGCCCGAGAGGGCUGAGAGAAUUGAGCGACAGCGUUCACAGUUGACUGGCAUCACGAUAAAGGGUUCCUCGGAGCCAUCAGAGGCCCUGGUCGACCUUUGCGUCGGUCAGUAUGAGGCCAAUGUGAUCCAGUAUGUCCCUUGGUCUAAGUGCACGUCGCGGGAACAGGAGCUCCUGGGCGACGGUAAGAAGGACCUGAAGCUUUCGAUAGACGGCGAGAGUGGUAAGCUCAAGGUAGAGAACAAGGCCAAGGAUCAGGUGGCUGACACGUCCACUGAAGUGAUGCUUCUGCAGGCUCUGCAGAGGCGUGCUCUUGCAUUCGAUCAGGCUAACAUUGUUUCUUUCACGAAGCUUGACAUGUGGCAUCAAAAGUUGAUGAAGGCGAGGCUGACUACGCCCCCGCCGGGUUACCAGCAGGUUACCUUCGCUCAGUUGCAAAAUGCAGACUCGAGGCUCUUUUUGGAGCUUCAGGACCAUACGCGCACAGGCAUUCAGUCGGAUGCCAAAGGCCGUCCGAUCGAUGGGAUCAUAGAUUCUGUCAGCUGCAUGCAUGAGGUGGUUUCGCAGAUGCAGCCGCUCCAGGGCGGCCCCUCGUCUUCGUACGGUCCCAGUGAGCCUGCUCGUCUGCGAGAGUCGCCGUACAAAGGUAAGGGCAAGGGCAAAGAUGGCAAAGGGAAGAAGCGCUUCGUUGCCAUGCCAAGCGAGCUUCGUGGGUGCAAUUCGCACACCGCGAAAGGGCACCCGAUCUGCUAUGCCUUUAACCUGGGGUCAUGCCCGAACAAGGUGACCGGCAAUAAAUGUGAGAAGGGAUUGCACAUCUGUGCAGUCCCCAAGUGCGGCAUGAACCACGCCGCUGUCAAGUGUCCCAAGAAGCCGAAAGAUGGCGAGCAGGCGGGGUCUGGGGGUGGCGAAGGCCAUUCUCGAGCAAUCCAGCAAGUGCUUACGGCCCAUCCCGAAGGGGAUGAGCCUCUUUUGAGUGCGCCCGAAGGGGCCCAAGCAGUGCCGUUUGAAGGGCAAGGAUCGAAACUCGAUCCGAAAGUGCAUGCGGACUCUUAUGCUGAGGAGCUUCUGUCUUUGGGCAGGGAUCCCACGGCCCAGGAGUUAAUUCGUUUGUUUGACAUGCUGCCUCAGGAGCCGCUUUUGAGCAAUACUCGUAACGAUGGAGCCGUGGCCUUCUCGACUGGUGCCUAUGUGAAGGGGCCGCUGCUCGGUCUCAGGAGCAACUGCAACAAGCAUCCGGCGGCUUCGAGGGUUUUCGCUCAGGCAGUGCAACGCGCUGCCCCAGGGAUGCAAUUUUCUACUCUGAGUGUGUUUUCAGACCUUAAGACGGAGCCUCAUGUCGACCGCUUCAACUCUCCUUUCCCGAACAUUCUUGUGCCACUCAGCAAUUUUCGGAAAGGCGAGGUCUGGGUCGAGUCGGCUCAGGGCGUUUUUCCUCUUGAGGUCGAUGGUGUUACGAAGCGUGGCAUCUUGAUCGAUGUUGCCUCCGGACCGAAGGCCUUCUAUGCUUGCAGCCAUGUGCACGCUACACGGCCGUGGAGCGGUCGACGCGUGGUCAUAGUUGGGUUUUGCGUUGCUAGGGUCCAGGAGCUUGAUGUUGAAUGUAGGGCGCGGUUAGCUGAGCUGAGCUUCCCUGUUCCCAAAACGGCGCCCAACUUUAGUCCGGAUUUGAUCGAAGUCGGGGGAACCUUUCAUGACCUCAGAAGUUCUCAAGUGGAUGAGGCAUGUGAUGCCCUCCCGGCUCAACUGCAAGUCGCUUCUUUGAUGUGCCUUGACCUCUUUUGCAAUGCAGGUGAGUUUGGAGCCUCCUUGAGGGCCGCCGGAUUCGAUGUGCUCGCGGUCGAACAACCGCACCUAAAGCAGAGAGCUCUGAUCAGCGUUGUGUCGUUGGAUCUCAGGAAGGCUGCCUCAUGGGAUUUUCUAGUUAAGGUUGUACUCGCUAGGAGGGUCGUCUUUGUGCUUGCUGCCCCCACUGUGGCCGCUUCUGCGGGCGAACUUCCAGCAGGUUUUGCCCAGGUGUCGUCCGAACUCAGCUCUUUCUUGGCUUUCCUCGCCACUCUUGAUAUCGGAUGGUGCGUCUUGAAUCCGCUGAACAGCCGACUGUGGUCGACUUUGGCUCUGCCUGCCUCGCAAGCUGUGAAGUUCGACCUAUGUGCCCAUGGUGGCGAGCAGCACCGCCAGAUGCUGUUGCAUACUAACGUCCAGACUUUAAGCGCUCUCGCUGUGUCGGCCGACGACAAUCAGGUCUCCAAGGUGCCGCCGCUCAUGCCCGAAUACAAGCAUCGGGUUACUUUGCAGAUUCCGUCCAUGGACGCUCUACGUUAUGAUGCGAAAAACUCCUUGACGGCCGCUUUUCAGUCGGUGCCUGUCGGUGCCCGCAUCCUUCAGGUGGUGCCUGUGCAAGGGGGCGCCACGAUAAUCGACGACAUCGAGAAUGGCUUUGAGCUCGUGGGUGAGGCCAAGCUUACAGGCAUCUUUGAGGUGGACCCGAAACCCUCUUCGAUGUCCGUUGACGAGUUGCUUGAGCACGCUAAGUUCUUGAAGCCAGCCCUGUGGGGCAAGGUGUCGGGCGAUGCGAGCCACCCGGAUGAUCAGGAGCUCUGGGAUCUCACUUGUGCUGAAGCUGACAAGAAAGGUUGGUUGCAUGGACCCUACACGUGGGAGCAACUGCAGAACAUGUUUGACUCCAAGUGGAUACCUGUGCGCAGAUUCUCCAUCAGACAAAAGAACAAAUUGCGGCCCAUCGACGACCUGUCCGAGAAUGCCGUCAAUCAAGCUUGGGCAGUAAUGGAGAGGAUCGGUUUGCGUGCGCUUGAUGAAAUCACUUGGGCAUGUAUGGCUUUGAUGAGGGCCAGCUUGGGGCGACGCGAGGUUUUCUUCCGGAAGUCCGACGGCUCCGUCUUGUCGGGGCCUUUGCAUUCGUAUUGGCACCAGGACGCUCGCCGCUGCUCGCCGGUCUUGAAGACUACGGAUCUGCGCUCAGCUUAUAAACAGUUCGCUAUACGGCCGGAACACCAUCGGAUGUGCGUGGUGACCUUGAAGGAUCCGGCGGACGGCUCAACAAAGGGGUUCGUCUGCCGCGUGUUGCCGUUCGGGGCCCUGGCCUCGGUCGGUCAGUUCAACAGGUUUUCGAGGCUGUGGCAAAGGAUUCUCUGGGAGCUGAAGCUCGCUGCGGCGAGCUACUUCGACGAUUUCCCGUCGGUGGAGGUCAGGGCCCUUGCCGAAAACCAUGACUCCUCCGUGAAGGCAGCGUUGCGCCUUUUUGGAGUUGACUGGGCGAGCGACAAGGACCUUCCCUUCUCACCGACGGCCGAUGUUUUGGGCGUCCGACUGGAUGCGACGGAUAUGGAGGGCGGAGUGCUGAGGGUCAAAAACAAGCCAGAAAGAUCCAAGGAAAUUGCCUCUUCGAUCGAUAAGAUCCUUGCGGAUGGCUGUAUUGAUCCGAAGCAGAUCCCCUCUUUGUUUGGCCGGAUACAGUUUUCGGAAAGUCAGUUGAUGGGCCGACAGGGGCGCCUGGCUUUGGCUCAGAUUCGCUGGCUUUCGAGUGCUCGUCACCGUCAUGUUCUGUCUUCCCUGGACGCCACUGUCUUCAGAAGCUUGAGGGAGAGGAUGCUUGAGGGCAGGCCGCGCGAGAUCCAGGUUCUUCCCAUUGGCGGCCAGACUCUUGUUUUCACUGACGGUGCAUGCGACAAGCUGGGGGACAAGUUUAGCUGCUCAAUCGGAGGUGUCAUGUAUCGGGUGCUGCCAACUGGUUUUCGCGAGACGAGGGCGUUCGGGUGCUACCUGGACGAAUCGGUCGUCGAGCAAUGGGCGGGACUGGGCAAGAGACACCUGAUAGGUCCUACCGAGCUUUUCGCGGUGGUGGCGGCCAGACAUGUCUGGAAAGAUUUCCUGAAUGAUCAGAGGGUCGUCUUUUACGUGGAUCACAGUGGUGUUUUGUCUGCGAUGAUCAAAGGGUCUUCCCGCGAUGAUCUCUGGAGGAGCAUCUUGCUUCACUACGAGUGUGCCGACUCGAUGGGGCCAGCGAUCUCGUGGUUCGCUCGGGUCCCGAGCAAGUCGAACCCCGGCGAUGGGCCUUCGCGGUCCGACUGGAGAUUCCCUGUUUUCGGCGAGUACUUCGAAGAUCGGAUUGUGUGCUUCAUAAGCGGCAGAGUUCUCAAAGUCACGGGGCAAAGAGUGCAGGGGUGA